AUGCUUGACGACGACGGGCCGCGGGAGCUUCCCAAGUUCCUGCAGUGCUACCGCGUAGACAACAUAUUUUUCCGCCUCCUACCGGACAGUCGCUCGGGACGCAACUACGUGGCGUCACUUCGCGGUGUGCUGCAAAGCCGCACUCGCCUCUUGGCUGUGCCGCUAUCCAGUAUGUUUUUUUACAGGGGUAUGCCUGUGCUGGCGCAGGCUCUUGUCCCGAUGUCGCGGGAGCCAACGCGACUGUACGGCGCGGACUCCGUCAACAAUCAGGAGGUGGAGGCGGAGAUCUUGCACAUGGCGGAGGCUCUGAACAUUCCUUUUCCCGACGGCACCCUGGAGGUGUAUGAAGGCUUAGACGGUCGCUUUUAUUUGACCAAUUCAAACUCCACGCUAACACCCUUGUUUGUGGACGACACAAUUAUGAAGCGGCAGGAGAUGCUGCGGGUUUGCGAACACGUGACGGACGGUCACGAGGACACCGUUGCGGUGCUCAACAAGGCGGAGGUGCUGGACGCUGUUGUGGGGUUUUGUAUGGACAGCGGAGCUCCCACAGUCAGCGACCGUCUCAAAACCGUGUGUGAGUAUUUGCAUGGGUUUGGUGUCAAUAUGUGUUUGCUAAAGCAGGUCAUUCAGAAGAUUGCGUCGUCCGGGGCGUACGACGCGGCCAGCGUGGGGAAAGUUAAGGAGUUGCUCUUCAUGGAGAUGCUGGCGCGCUCGGUAAAGCAGGAGUUCUACUUGGAGGUGCAGGGGAAGCGAGUGGCCUACGACGAUGAGGUGCUGAGUGCAACGCUCUCCAAGCACAUGGGCGAGGCCUUCACGAGCGUCGAUGUAUUCCAGAGCCGCUUCCUGGAGGUGGUGGCAAAGAAGUACGGUGUUAUCGACGAGGACAACGACAUCAUUAACGGCCUCACUGCUGUGCGGCUGAGCCGAAAGGCUGACAUCGUGUCACGCAUCUGCGCCCUGCUGGGGGUCACCAUUGAAAAAGCAGGCGGAAAACAAUCCACAAUGCGGUGGCACGUGAAUGUAAACGCGCGUGUUCUUCCGCAGCUGAUUCACCCCAAACAAGUGCGUCUUCUCGCUGAGAAGUAUCGCACCAUCAUGACGCAAAACAGCCACCGCUACGCAUUUUGCUUCCCCAUUCGUUGGAAGGUGGCUUGCUGGGAAGGCCAGUACGACGAGGCUUUGGACCUCGUGCACGCAACGGCUAUUGCGCAGCGAGACCGGUACGGGGAGGACGCCAUCGUUUCCCUUCACUCACGGCGGAGCGUAUGCGAAGUUUGUUUUGCGACGAUGCAAAAGAGCUGUAUUGCGGAGGGGAGAAGUUUAUUUCCUGGGGUGAUGCGGGGUUUUGAGGCCUUGACGUGCCCCAUGACGCAAGGCCGACGCCACAUUGAGUACGGCUUUUGGCUCCUUCGUGUUGCCGUGGUGUACCAGCAAGACGACCUUGUGACGUACCGUAGCUGCGUGGAGGAAGCCGUGCAUCACUUCUACCGUGCCAUUGAAAAACUACCUGCGUAUUUAAAGAGUGAGCAUGGCUCCUGGCUGCAUCUUCAGCCGUACAAGGGGCUGCUGCAGUGUAAGCGGCUCCUCCCGUCCUGCUCCGUCAACACCAAGGAGCUGGUGGAGCGUUCUAUUGAGUUAAGUACUAUUGGCUGGGCCUCGGACUUCUUCAUGCUAUAUUUGUGGGACUUGAGCCUGCAGCUUGAGGCUGAGGGGCGCUACGAGGACGCCAUUCGGGUUCUUCUUACCGCCACCACGGUGAGCAAGAAGAAGCCAACUGUAUCCUUUGACCUGCCUGCACUGCUGAUGGACGGUGCCUACAUCUACCGCUCCUGGGACCCGGAAAAGUACGCCGAGCACUGCCUAACCUUGAUGCGGGAGGCGGUGGACAAGGCUGGGGAGCUGUUUGGGCCGCACAGCAGGGAGUACGCCGUGAUGCUAAGCAACAAGGGUGCUGUUGAGAUUGAGCUGAACCGCCUGAGUAACGCAGGGGAGACACUUAAGAAGGCGGGUGUCGUCUUUGAGGUGGCAGGGGUGCUGAAGGACGACCCCGACUACAAGGCAUACCUUGACAACCUGGCUUAUCUUGAGCAACGUCUUGCAGCGCGGCCGCUGGUGCGACGCGGAUUCCUUCGUCGCUACCCUUUUCUUGCCUCUCGAUCGGAGGAUUUCCCCUUCAACGAUGUGCGGCCCCUCGAGGACGACGUUUUCGUUGGCCUGGCUCACAAGCGGGCGCGGAUGGUGGGUGGAACCGCCGACGCGAAGCAGCUGGAGCAAAAAAUGAGAGAGCGGAUAUGGGAGCUGCUUCGCUUCGUUCAGGAGGGAGAUGUGCUGAAGCGGUACCCCUUUUUGCCCGCCGUGAUUAACGGUGUGCCCGCCGCCAGUCUAAGGCUCGACGACGAUGCGCUCUUUGCCGAGUUUGCCCGUCUCCUGGACAAGAGUAAAGAUGCCAGCGAGAGGAAGGAGGCGGAGUCACGGGUGCGGGAGUACGUUGUCAAGAAGGCGGAGGAUGCCGCACUACAGCGGGCCUACAUGGAACGCCAGGAUGAGGAAUUUAACGAGGCCCACGAGGGAUAUGUAAACUUGAUGUAUCCCAUCCCCUGGCUGUAUGUCUUGGAGGAUGAGCGGUUUAACGUGCUGACGGAUCAACUCCAGAAGUGUGUGAACACGCAGGCACAGACGGCACACAUUCAGGCCAUGCAAGAAAAGGUGGCGGAGCGUGUGGCGGAGAUUGAGGCAGAGGCGUUCCGCUGGCGCGGGGAACUUUCUAAGUGGUUGUCCCCCUCAAAGCUCUACACUGUCCCCGUAAAGGACUUAACAGAGGACAUGCCGCUGCGUGAUCUUCUACGUUUGCGGCAAUUGCCGGAGUCACGUGACGAGGUUUCCGUGGCCACCAUUGACGCUCUCAUACGGGACAAAUUGGGUGCCCUCUGGACACGGGCGUCCAUCACCCGCUUGUGCCUUGCCGUAGAUGACGAGGAGCUGCACAGGCAGUUUCCGUUUCUCGCGGAGAUGCCGCACCACCAACGCCUUUCAACACUGACGGUGUACGAGGAUCCAACCGUGUCGAGCCUCGUCAUGCGUCUGCGUAGAGAGGGUGGUGACAGCCAUCUGCAGACGGAGAUGAUUGGCGCCAUAAAAGACCUUGCGGCACGCCGCCGUGACGCCAGGGAGCUAAGAAAGUGGUACUACGAUAUUGACUCCGUUGUGUCUGGAGAGAUUUCACUGGAGAGUGUUCCAAAGGUGCGGGACGACUACUACGUGCAGCUUUGGCAAAAGCGGAAUAUCGUUCAGGCACAGGAGGAGGAGAACUCGCCGCUGAUGGUGACGCUGAUGCGUCAGAUGGAGCAUCGCAUUGUACAGGUGAAUUCCUGGAUGCGCAAAGUAAGCGCCAACGGUUUUCGGCGUCGGCUACGCUUGGAAGCAAAGUACCCGUUUGUUGACCGCCGCCAUCAUGGCUACACGCUGGAGAUUCUUGACAUUGAGGACGAUGCGGAGUUUAUGUCAAUUGUGGAACAAAGGCGACAGCUGCUCGGCUCACCAGACGCCUUGCAUGGUCAGAUUCACAGCCUCAGCAGCCAGGCCAACAAGAGAGUGGCGAUGAUCGCUUCGCAGCGGGUACGGCUUGCUGAGAAAAUGAAAAAAAAAUACCCGUUCAUUCCGAGCCGCUUGGAGGGGGUCGAGACGCUGUCUAUCUGCCUGGAAGAGAACGAAACGUUCGCGGAACGAGCGGCGUACCACAACCGCCUUCGUGCAUCGGGAAGUGGCGAGAAUGAGGUGCGCUGUCGUCGGCUGGUGCGCGAGAUGGAGAGCAUCGCAAUUGCCACUGCACGUGAAAUAGGUGUCCGGAAUUGGCGGCAUUCCAUCGAAGCCGAGGACCUGCUUGAGCGGUACCCGUUUCUCCCGGAGGAGCCGGUGCGUGGUGUUCUGCUUUGCGACAUGCGUCCGGUGCAGCAGCCGGCGUUCCGUGAGCUCUCCAACAAGCUGGACGAGCUGCGCCGGGAUCCGCCACGCAAUGCGACAGCGAUUCGCGCGAUGGAAGAGCAGAUGACCGCGCUGGUGGUGCGGCUGGCCGAGGAGCGCGCGGAGGCGGCGAAGAAUACGCAGGAGCAGUUCCCGUUCCUCCCACGACGUGUGCUAGGCGUGCGCCUCGACGAGCUUCCGUUGCACGAGGAUGAGCUAUUUGCCGCCGCCGCCAGUAAGGGGGCGCAGCGUAAGGAGUCGCUCCUCCAGGCCAGGGCGCUGCAGCUGGUCGUGUCCCACAACCUGAACGAGUCUCAGCUUGCGGACAACGAUGAUGCGGUGCUCUCGCAGCAUCCGUUUCUGUUGUACACCUCGCGGAAGUGCUUUCCACUGCGCCACCUGCCUCUGGACGAUGACGUCCUGUUCACGGACAGACUUCGUGAGUACAACGGUCUUUUGCAGAAGCCCACGGUGGAUGAGGAUGCUGCGGCGAUCGCGCGCUUUCGCCUGGUGUCCCGAGCGGACAUUCUUGCUCUGAAGGAGAUUGAAAAGGUUGAGCGUAUCAAACAAACAUUUGAGGCCUUGCAGCCACUGUCAUUGGAGGAUCUUCGUCAUCUGCAAGACCACCGGGGGUUUCAAACGUACACGGACGACGGGGCUGGCAAUCUCUCCCCGGUGCAACUUGAAGACGCGAAGCGCAGUCUCAUAGACAGCCGCAAGGACCGUGCCACACGACUGCAGGAGGUAGACGCUAUUCGAAAGAUAUACCCCAUCCUUGGUCGUGAUAUCGACCCCAGCAUCAUGGAAAACCCCGUCAUUGCCAAGCUUGUUGUCGACCGCAACGAGCUGUUGGACAAUGCUGAAAACGACGAAGACAAGUUGGAUCAGCUUGAAAAGGAAAUAUCACGGCAUGCGUCACAGUACAAACGGCAGCUAAAAGGAGAUACCAUUGCGGUAGAGCAGAAGCACAGCCCAUGCAAAGAGCAGCUUGUGGACUACUACGUGGUUGACACAGAAGAGGACGUGCUUGACGAUGCGUACUACCAGGAGCUGGUGUCACAGUACAGCUCCGUCGAGCAAAGCCACAUUCCGGAAAGUCAGCAGCUACUACAACGACUUGCAACACAAAUAGAAACACGGAAAAAACAGAUAGCAGAGGACAAUACCAAGUUAGCUGAGUACAACAAAAAGGCCGAAGCAAGAGCAGCAGAAAGGUUUCCACUUUUAAACACAUCUGUAAGGGGAAUUCCCGUCACUGAACUCUACCUUGAAAACGACGCCACCGUACAGCAGCUAGAAGAAAGCAGAAGUACAAAAAGCCCGACAGAUGAAGAAAGCCCCACAAAAAUCACCAACAAAAUAAGCGCCCGUGCGCAGGCGAUAGCGAAAGCGGUGCUCGAGCAGGAGGAGAGUCUGGCUGCGGCGCUCCCUUUUUUGGGGAGGAGCGUGAAGGGGGUCCCUCUGCGGGAGUUGGCCCUGAUGUCCGAUCCCGGCUUUGCGGUGUUGGCGGAGCAGCAUGCGCAGGCGUCUUCUGGUGAUGCGGCGGAGCGUUCGCGCCUCGAGCAGGACAUUUUGGAUCAGGCGGGGCGUGUAGCACGUGAGGUACGGGUGGCGCGGCGGCUUGACGCUGUGCGCGGCGAGGACCUGCUUGAGCGGUACCCGUUUCUCCCGGAGGAGCCGGUGCGCGACGUUCUGCUUGGCGAAAUGCGUCCGGUGCAGCAGCCGGCGUUCCGUGAGCUCUCCAACAAGCUGGACGAGCUGCGCCGGGAUCCGUCACGCAAUGCGGCAGCGAUUCGCGCGAUGGAAGAGC